GUUCGACUCCAUUCGACUCCCUUCGCUCCAUCUUCGACUCGUCGCUGCCACUCGCCCCUCCCCCAUGCCGCGGCUGCACGGUUUUCGCGGGGGCACGCCCCUCGGCGGCUGGGCGUCGCGCGUGGCGCUGCUGAGCCUGGUGGGACUGGGAAGCCUCCUGGUGCUGCCGGAGGACUGGCACUCUCAGGGAACUGCAAGCUCCAGAUCGUUGCAGGUUCUGAGCCAGGAGGAGGAUGACGAAGCGAUCAAGACCGGGCCCUUUGCGGAGCUGAUGCGCCCCCAUGAGAUGCAGCCCAUCUGGUUGCUGCCCUUGAGCAAUGGCAUCAAGCAGCUCCUGACCUUCUUUGUUUUUGGCUUUGACUUCAAGACCAAGUUCAAGACCGGCAGCGCAAGGAUGAAGAUCUUGAGCUUUUGCGCUGGCUUCGUCGCCAAGUUGGCCUUUAUCUUUCUGUCCCUGAACUCCUACGUCAGUGAUUUUCGGAAGUUUCAGAGUCGUAAGGCAAAUAACUUGGACAACCUUUGGCAAAGUGCCUUGAUUUUCUUGGCCAUUUGGUGCACCUCGCACAACUUCUCCGCAGCCUUGGGUUUGUGGGGCUCGUUCACCAUCCAAUCUCCUGCAGUGAUCUUUGAGGAUGAUAUCGACAGGCCCAGAUAUUUGCCAGCCUCCGCCUGUUGGGGUUUUGGUGCGGUGGAGUUCCCCUUCUUCAUUGGAGGCGCCCGCUGGCUUCAAUUCCCCAAGCAGAUCUAUGCGUUGCUCCUCCUUCCCUAUGUGAUCCCCUACAUGCUGUUGAGCUAUGGCACGGCCAUUCUUCUGGUCGCCUGGUUGAUUCUCUUCACCAAGUGUUGGUGCGUCAUGAAGCUGGCGUGGCUGGUGGCCGCGGCCGUGACGUGUAGCGUCAUGUACCUCUUCGGGUCCAACCAGACAGGUCUCCAAGAAAGCUGGGAGCGGAUUUGGCCUUUCGUGUACUUGGGGGGCGUCCAGAUCUAUGCGACGUACCUGGUUCCGCCCCUGAUCGCUUUGCUCUACGGCUGUCUGAGCUGUUCCUCUGCGGGGUCCAUCCGGCGAGGUUUGGGCCUUUGCAAGCACGAGCAGGAUGAACUGGAGGGCGAAGGCGACCCGCUGAUUGACUCCUGUCAGAAUAUUGGAACUGAGAUCUCCCACGAGAUGGACGCCGCGCAGCGGGACUGGGACAAGGAAGAGGGCCACCACUGCGAAUGCUGUGCCUUUUGCUGUGUCCGGCUGGAAGGAUGUGCAAAAUAUUGCGCCUGGCUGCUGCCGCAAAGAACUCUCAACAUUGCAUCUGAUGACCGCGAGACCUUGUUGAGGCUUGAUUGGAGUCGCCUCAGCACUGAUUUCAAGUUCAAUCAGGCGUGCAUGCACCACCUCGCCCAGUAUCGCCACGAACUGGAUGGAGUGACUGAAGCUCUUCACGACUUCUCUCCCUUUGAUGAGCCGUCGUCGAGUGAUGAUGAGGAUUCCAGUUGCCCCACACCCUAUGGCAAAGGCUGCGUGGACUUUUGUCUUGGGCGAGAAAUGCUCUUCAAUUAUGAUGUCAACGAGAGGCACGCUCCAUCCCUCCGCAAGCAAAUGAAGCAUGAGAAUGACGAGAACACCAUCGAUGACGCUUUGAUUCAGGUGGUGUUGGUGACGAUCCGAUCCAUCUCGCAGAUCGCCCUCCAGCAGACGAUCACCAUUUGGCUGAUUCGGACUCUGGCAGCUAGCGACUUCGAAGGCAUGAUCGAGGCGAUGCGGCAGACAGUAACCGAGCGAACGUUUGACAACUAUGCCAGACAUUUGGCCACCAUUGGUGAACAGAAGUUGCAGCAGGCAUUGAACACGGUCUGGGGCCUGUGAAGAGCCCGUCUGAGGCGGUCUCACCUGGCCCCGACCGGUCGCGUGAGGGAGCAUCUGGCACCCAUGAGGUUGGAUGGAACCUGAGCCAUGAGGUGGCGAAACGAAAGGACCAAGCGCCGUUG